AUGUUUACAAGAAACGGAAGAUGUGAAGGAGAUAUUGAAAGGAUAGCGACUGCAGGAAACUGUGUGAAUGGAACGCUGCAUGACUUUAUGAAGGGCCAGACUAUGUCAAAAGAGGCGCGACGCACGGUUCAUAAUAGAGUGCUUGACACCACGUUUAUGUACGGAACUGCGAGUUGGGUAUGGCAGAAAAAGCAUAAAAGCAGAAUUUACGCAGUUGAGAUCUACUCACUGUGUGAGGUGAGACUGAUUGAUAGAAUUCCGAAUGCAGUAAUACGAGCACGCUCGUUCGAAAGAUCUAGUUGUUUGGUGUUUCUGUAUAAUCCGCUGUGCUGUAAGGCGCUGUGUGCGAAUACCCGUUGCCGUUGGACUUUAGACUCCGGCACAACAAUACAUCACGGAGCAUCUAACCGUCGGAGCGGCGUAGCGGCGACUGUAUUUGAAGUGAUCUGUUUAUCUCCUUGUACUCGUCAGGCGUUGUUCAGUAUUGAACCAUUGCGAACGGAAUCAUUUAAAGCGUUGCGGUUUGUUAUCGAUCAUGUGUCUAAGCAUUUACGUGCUCUUGAAUCGCUUGGCCAGCCUAUUGAUCAAUGGGAUGCCCUUAUAAUAUACAUGGUGUCCGUAAAAUUGGACAUACACACGAGUAGAAAAUGGGAGGAGUACAAGGGUAAUCUAAACGAGUUACCUUCGUUGAGUGAAUUUUUUUCAUUCCUGCGUAGUCGUGCUGACGUGCUGGAAACUUCCUAUAGUACUAACCGGUCUGAGAAGGUGAUAGAUAAACCAAAGUCUAUCACUCAGUCUAGAAGUUUUGUAGUGUCACAUGAUAAAAAGGAUAACAAAAGAGGUUGUAUUGUGUGUAACGAUGAACAUCCUUUACAUGCAUGCUCUAAGUUUAAAAAUAUGAGUAUCGAUGAUCGUUACAAUGAAGUUACUAAAUUAAAAUUAUGUAAAAAUUGUCUGCGCAGUGGUCACAACGCAUAUCAAUGCCAGCUCAAAGGACUGUGUCUCACAUGCAAAAAGAAACAUAAUACACUAAUACAUAAACCAACCUUGUCGUAUGCAGAACUUCAACCCACGACUUCGUCUUCCCUACCCGUGUCUCUUACGCUGUCUUCAUCAGCCGGCCAAGUGUUACUGUGUACAGCUGUAGUAGAAUUAAUUGUAAACGACAAUAUUUAUCAAGCUCGCGCUCUUCUAGAUAUGGGCAGUCAGUCUUCAUUCGUUACCGAAAAUUUAAAGAAAAAUCUAGGGUUGUCUAUUGAUGAUUCUAGUUCGGUUAACGUUUAUGGAAUUAAUAAUGUGGGCUGUAGGAUUUAUAAAAAAUGUGAAAUCAAAGUUAAAUCAAGAGUUAUGUCUUUUGAGAUAAAUGUCAAAUGUUUGGUAGUGCCACAAAUAACCGGUAUUUUACCAAACUCAGUGAUAAACACUGAAUUAAUAAAUAUACCUAACAAUAUUCAAUUAGCUGACCCUAAAUAUUUCUCACCGGCUGAUAUAGACAUACUGUUGGGUGCGGAUGUAUAUUGGGAGAUAGUCGGAUCGAAUAUAAUUAAACUCGGUUCGAAUAAACCGGUGCUUCAAGAGUCUAAGCUCGGAUGGCUUGUAGGUGGUCUCUUAGCAACAAAGCAGCUUUGUGAAGAUGAUUUUAAAAAGAAUGUUUGUCGUCUGCCAAAUGGCAGAUUUUCUGUUCACAUGCCUUUAAAGGAAGGACCAGAGAAAGCACUCGGUGAUUCCUAUUAUAUUGCUAAAAAAUGCUUGGAAAGCCUAGAAAGAAAAUUUAUUAAACAACCAAGUUUAAAGGAAAAGUAUAAAGAAUUUAUCAAUGAAUAUGCUGAUUUAGGGCAUCUAACUAAAAUCAAUCGACCAGAGUUUGGAUACUUUAUGCCACAUCAUGCUGUAAUCCGCGAGAAAUCUGAAACCACUAAAUUAAGGGUGGUGUUCAACGCUUCGUCUAAAACUCAUACAGGGAAAUCACUCAAUGAUAUUCUUAUGGUCGGCCCAGUUGUGCAAAGUGACCUAAUAUCUAUAUUGCUUCGUUUUCGUGAGCAUAAAUAUGUUCUAACAGGCGACAUCGAGAAAAUGUUCAGGCAAACCGAAAUCACACCGUCGCAGCGUCAUCUUCAGCUCAUUUUGUGGUGUGAAGAUUGUAAUCAGCCUAUUGAUAUUUUGCGUCUAAAUACAGUAACCUAUGUUACUGCGUCUGCGCCCUUUCUCAGUUCUCGGUGUCUCCUACAAUUAGCUAAUGAAUGUGACGAUGAAUCUAUUGCUCGUAUAAUCAAAAGCGAUUUCUACGCUGAUGAUCUUAAUACAGGCGCAGAUACCGUAGAGCGCCUGCAACACAUUUACAAAAAUGUUGUCGAAGUUCUUGACUCAGCGUGUUAA